GAUGGUGGUGAUCUGAGGUGGGAGAGGAGGAGGCAGGAGAGGAGGGGGAGGGCUGUCGUCAGUGUUAACCUCAGCCUCCUGCCGGCAGCAUCAUGACCACGCAACGCACCGGGACCGUUUCACCAGUGGAGCCCGUGAAGCAGCGACGACUGUCCGCCGGCAGACGAGCAUCCCGGUUACGCUUCGCAUUUCCUCAAUCCAGUAGUUGAUUUCUCAGGCAAGCAGCGCGGCGUGAAGCUGAAGCUUUGGCACAAACAUUCUCACACGCUCCUCGACACACUCACAACUGCCUCUCCGGCGCGCACUUCAGUCCGACGCGUUCCUGCGAGGCUUCUUCCUCCUUCCAUCUGGGGAUCCGAAACUUGAGGGACUUCACCGUCACGGGCAGAGAGCAAAGGACGGACGGACGGACAGGGUCGGUGCGGUGAAUGUAGCGGCAGGCUGGGUGUCUGUCUGCGGGGCUGCUGGACCAAGCCGAGAACGCACCAAGUGUCGUCCCACGUCUCAGCCCCCCUCUCCUCCGCUCCGGCGUCCCGAACACGGCAGAGAUGGUUCUCCUCGGGUCUGUGCUCGCUCUUUUCCUCUCAGGUGUGUUGCCGUUCUCAGCGUCCAUCUUCCCUUUCUCUCCCUCCCCCACCGACUGUGUUGAAGCUCAUCGGGAGUGCUCCACUGACCCACGCUGCAAGGCGUUGUACCGGGGCUUGGAGCUGUGUGCAGCCGACACAGCAGUGUCCCCACAGGGGGAGCAGGCAGCUGCCGAGUGCCUGGAGAGACAGGAUGCUCUGCUGGCCAAACACCCCGCUCUGUCGUCCUGCAAGUGCCAGCGCAGUUUCCGCAAGGAGGAGCAGUGUCUGCGCAUAUACUGGAGGGUUCGCCUGCUGCCAGGGGAGGAUGAGCUGGAAAUGUCUCCCUAUGAAGACACACUAAGGGAUACUCACAUGGCCUCCUUAGUGGCAGCCUCAUCUUUCAUGCAGCUGGAUGGAGAAAACCGGUGCCUGAAGGCAGCACAGGACUGCGGCCUGUACGAGAAGUGUGGAUCCCUGCGAUCAGAAUAUGUCCUGGCCUGCACCAAACCGGUGCCCGGGACCAACCGAUGCAACCAACACAAAUGCCACCGGGCCCUGCGGCGCUUCCUAGAGCGGGUGCCUCAGGAGUACAGCCUGGGUGUCCUGUUCUGCCCCUGCACCAACACCCUGUGUGGCGAGAGGAGGAGGAAAACCAUCGUACCCUCCUGCUCCUACCAGGAGAUGGAGGGUCUGCAGCCUAACUGUCUCCAUCAGCAGAGCUUCUGCCGCCGAGAUGACCUCUGCAGGUCCAGACUGGCUGAUUUUCUUCAUAACUGCCAGCCAUCUGCUCUGAUGGCCAGCGGCUGUCUGAAAGACUCACCAGGCCUGUGCCUCCGAGCCUACGCUGGACUCAUCGGCACCAUCAUGACGCCCAACUACAUCAGUAACAGCUCUGCAGACGUGUCCCUGUGGUGCAACUGUGAGGGCAGUGGUAACCGGUGGCAGGACUGUCUGAGACUGCAGCUCUUGUUCACCCGCAACGCCUGCCUGCGUAACUCUAUCAGUUGGAUGGGGAGCCCUGGCUCCCUGCCUGCAGACAUCACCCCUCCUCCUCCUCCCAGACCCUCCCCGCUACUUCUGGAGGAUGAGCUGCUGAGCAACAACCACCUGCCUGAACACAACAUUAUGGUGGAGAGCGAAGAAGAGGAGGAACUGACACAGACAGAAGAAAGUGAAGAAGACGGCCAGUUUGAUGUCAUCCCGCUCUACUCAGAGAGGGCCACUGUCUCCAGUCUGGGCUCCUCGGGUACCGGCGGGGCCCCGUCCCUCACCACUGGCCCCCCUAAACCCAUACUGCUGCUCUUUCUGCUUCUGACUACCUCUCUGAGCUGGGGGUAGAACAUCGAGGAUGUAGAGAAGACACACACACACACACGCACAUGUUGUCAGUGACAUCCCCUCGAUUCAGCACUUCUGUCCUUGUUUCCUUCAUUUCCUCCACUGAAAACGGCGCUUUGUUCAACAUGGUCUGACUGAAGUAGGUAGGAUGGUCACAUGAUGCCACCAAUCAGUUAGCUUAAUGUAGCUAUUCAUGUCAAAAGGUCCAGAAAAGCUUUGUCAGUUUGAGUGGCUUGCUCGGUCGUUAGCGUACAAAUAUUAGCAGAGCAAAACGUGUUAGCAGGAUACAGUUUGCUUGUAUGUUUAUCGUAUUGGCAGUGUGCCUAACUGUGAGCAGCUGAGAAAAAAAAUGUUCAUGUCAGCCUAAUUUUUAAUCAUCAGUACUGCAUACUGAUUUCUGACUGUUGUGAUUUCUCAUAGUUGGCGUAAAACUUAAAUGGCUGCAGAACCGUUGUUGCUUGUAGUUCACAGAUAAAACUCAUAUUAGACUUUUGUUAUUCAAGUCAAUGCAACUAUUUGAUAAGGUACAACGCUUACACAGUGAAAUAACUAAUUGAAUGUGAAUGAAUCUGAACUUGCUGGGCUUCAUUUCCAUUUUUGCCAAUUUUUAUUUUAAAAAGAAGAGGAAACGGAUAGCAGGAUACAUUUUAAAGCAUGUUUGUGGAGUGAGAGCAGAUGAUGAGCCAGAGAAGGUGACAGAUAAAGAAAUGGUGAAGCAAUCACGAGCAGACAAAUGCCAAGUGGCUGCGGUUGGCCUUGUUGUGUGUUUUGUUUUGUUUUAACUUGCUGAUGGAUGAUGAUUUGUCCCACUGGUUGCGACUUACCUGUCUAUGGGUCAUCCUAACAAUGACUGAAGGGGGACGGGGUGUUGAUGUACGACGCAUCAGUCGAACUUUAUCACGGUGAUGAAUGGAGUGAUCCUCUUCUCCCUGCUGCCGUCGCCACUCUACAGCCGCGGUGAAUGACAAAUUACACACUUGUCUCUCAUUGUUUAAUGAACAUCAAGUGCCAAGUGUGUAAUGUGCGUGUGCGUGCGCAGGCAUCGCAAAGAAAACCGGCUAAAGCCUUUUGUUAUAAUUUGAGUCUUGCACUUCAUAGUUCCCAGCCACGUCAGCAAAGCCACACAUACUGCACAGACUCACACACGUGCACGCACAUACAUUUGCACACAUACGACCUGCCAUGUUUUGAGCCAGUGCAGCUCUUUCUAGUUUUAUUGCUCCAUCCCUGUCCCUGUCUCCCUCCCCGGUGACUCAGGACCGGGACCCGAGCUGCCACAGGCACCGAUAUGAAUAAAGCCGUCAUAAUAACAACAUCACACCAGAAACAAUAUGAGCUCUAAAACGGCAGAACAAAUCAAAUGUCUCCCCAGCAGGCGAAAACUCACGCUACCCGUGACACCGACACAGAGACAGAAUGAAGAGUUGGAGAACGAGUGGAAGAGAGAGAGAGAGAGAAACAGAGAGAGAGAGAGAUGUUUGGAGGAGAAAUUAAGAAAAAAAAAUAAGGCCAAGUCCCUGUGUGGUCUUUGUGCGUUUGAUGUUGUACUUGUUUUUAGUUGGGAGGCUGAUAAUCAGUCCCUGACAAUAUCUCUUUAUCAUCUGACAGGCUCCUGGGGGGAGGAGUGUGUGUGUGUGUGUGUGUGUGUGUGUGUGUGUGUGUUGGUGGGGGGGUAGAGAAAUAGUGUGCCAUAGCGAGAACAGAAAGGACCCUGGAGCACAAACAUAACAGAGAGAAUCGCCAGCUCUUGAUUUUCUAUGUCUUAUAAAUCUUUUGCUGACACUAAUUUUUUUUUUUCUCAUUCCUUUUCUAUUUCUUGAGAGCGUGUAAAAUUAACUUUCAUCUGCAGGGGCGCCCGUGAUGGUGGAGGGUAAGGAGACGGAGGGAGGAGAGAGGCUAAGCAGGGGAGAGAAAGGAGGGAAAAGAUGAGGAAGCAAGAGGAAGUGAGGAGAAGAGAAAGAAAAUGUGGGAACCAGGACAAAAGAAGAAGUGGAACAAAAAAGAGCAAGAGGGAAGACUGAGAGAAGGUAGGAGAAAAGACCGGGAACAAAUUGGAGGGAGAGGACAAACAAAGAAGAGGCGAAGCAUGAAGAAGAAGAGGAAGGAAGAAGGAGAAUAACAAAUGAGAAAAGCAGGGAAGAAACAAAAGAGAAGCAGAAAUCUGAAAGGGGAGGAAAGAUGAUAUACGAAAAAACAGGGAGAAGAAUAAUAUGGAAGAAUGCAAAGAGGGAAGGAAAACAACUCAGAGUAUGAGAAGAGGGAGAACAAGGUGGAGAUAUGAGAUUAAGGAGGCAGAAAGAAGAAAAGAGCAGAAAAGGUGAAGGAAAGAAGAUGAACCCAAGAAAGGAGGAAGAAGUGGAAGGAAGUGAUGAUUAGAAGGAGAAUACCCAAGAAGAAGAAAAGGGGAAUAAAGGCAGGAACAAAGGGGAGAGAGAGAAAAGAAAGGAAAGAGGAAGACAGAUGCUAUAAAAACAGAAUGAAAAGAGCAGCAGAGAAACAAAGAAAUGAGGGAGGAAACCAGGAGAACAGGACAGAGUUAAGAUAAGUGAAAAGAGGAGGAGUGUAAACACAAGGAAAGAUGGAAAGGAUGAAGGAAAGAAAAAAGGGAAGGAGAGAGAAAGAAGAGAAAAGGACACAUGAGACUAGGACAGAGGACAGAGACAGACAGAAGUGACUGCGGUGUACUUUAACCUCUCCUUCUUUUUGCUAAGGCACUGCUGCUGCAUGCAGAAACACACACACACACUCUCAAAGGCCUUUCUCUCUGAACACACUCCUCAGACAAAGCGGCUGUCAGUCAGUGAACAGCGAUAAGACACGGAGCUCUGCUGGCUCACCUGGAGAUACUCCUUCAGACAUUUAGCUGGCUGAACAGUCCAAGCUGAUGUUCUGUGAAGAGUUUGCCAAAGCAUUAAGUAAGAGUCAUAAACAACAAUCAGGCACUGUGAUCAGUAAUCAGUAUUCCUAUGAAACAUUCAUCCACUGUAAUGACUGCAAAUGUUUCCAUGAAGUGUUUUCAUUAAACUUUACGGGGGAUCAUCAGCGAGGUGGUCAUGGCAGCUUUCUGAAGUUUAAACAAACACCUUAUGUGCUUCGUUUCCUUCUCUAACAAAAUCCAUGAAAAGACCCAAACAACAACGAAUGUAACCUACUAACAAGUACCGUGUUUGUGUCCAAAGCCUGAUAUCGUAAACACAUGUGCCACAGAGCUCCGCUGUUAUCCAAAAACUAUUAAAAACACAUCAGUGAGACACACUGUUGCACUGGCUGACAUGUUCCUUCAGUGCCAUGAAUACACACACUGCAGUUUACAAGUAAACACAAGUACAAAUGAGGAGAAGUUUUAGUGUAGAAAUGGUAUUUCUGUACAAGUCUCAAGUCAGCAGUAUGUGCUGACUCUCGGCCAGUCGGUUGAAUGUAGUAGUUUGGUGCAGCACAUCUAAUAAUCAACACUAACCAGUGAUAGAUUUGACUUUUCUCUGAGAAAAGUCUUUAGUGGAUCAUGUUGGGAUCAUACACGACCUGAGAAUUUUAACUUUGUGCGAUGUGCGCUCAUAAUUAAGUCUAUAGAGGAUUAUUUUUACUGCAAAACGACGGUGAUUGUUAAGAUUUGAAAAUUAAACUAAUUUAAUCAUUUUUGUAGACCUGUUGAAUUAAGUGGAGAAAACUGCACAGUCUUUUACUGGUUUGCAGCCUGAUGAAUUCCUGAUAAAUUUCUGGGUGUACUGGACUUUGCAUCUCGAAACAAGUCGGACGCAAAGACUUGUCGAACAAGCAAGACCAGACACUAGCAACACUGGCAAGCCACCAAGCUUUCACAGCUUCUUUAGCUGACGAGCACCACCAAGUCCCUGAUUGGUUUAGCUUAUAAUAAUCUUGUCUCUGUAAACAGUUUUCUUACUCUUGUGAUCAACAAUAUUGAUCUGAAGCUCACUUCUGACACUGUAAAAAGUUUUCUACUAAAUCAUUAAUAUGGCAACUUCUGAUCAACCCAUAUCAAUUCAAGUCUGCUUAGUCCCACCCACUUCCAGUUUAAGUCCCGUCCAUUCUGAAAUACUUAAACAGAUCAUUUAGUUGACUGAACAGAUACUGAUACAGGUAAUGGUGUACUCACCCUUCUCUAGUCACCAAGAUAUGCUGAUGCUUGCCUCCAUCCCAACAUCCACCUGCCCGCUCUGAGUCUGCAUUCCCAUUGGGCCGUGUGUCUGCUGUGCUGAGCUUGAUAUUUACCUGUGGAUUAGCCUCCAAAUAUCAACACUGCUCAUGUUUUAUAUUCACAUGCGAAUCCAUUUCUUGUGUUUUGGGGUGGAUGUCAAUGCCUUGCUCAAGAGCAGUAACGGUACUCUGAGAUGUGUCUGCUGGCUACUGUAUUUUCCGUGUAUCAACUGUAACAAGACCAUUCACUUCUAAAUCUGACAAACUUGAGCACAGAGUAUACAGUGAAUUACCUGAAAAGGUGAUGAGCGGUUUCCUGUGACCUCAGAAUCACUCCCUCCCUCCACUCUACCUUGAAUUACACAGAAUUGGAUGGCAGGUCAGAGGCCCCUUCGACACCCCAACUCGUUCCACCCAACAGUGGGGGUUAAUUGAGGUCAGCAGGGGGAUGAUGGGCGUCUGAUUGACGUGGCCAGCGGAGGUCGGAGCGACGCCCUUUUGCCAGGCUCUGUUGUUUGUUUUAAUUGUUGUUUUAGCUGUUUGUCAUCAGGUCUGACACUGUGGCAGGAUGGCAAGAGGGACGGACGGGGGACAGAAAGAGAGACAGCAGAGGGAGAGAGGAGGGAGUGGACACUGGUGAUUUACAUUAAUAUGUACUGAAAUAAACAAGCAGAGAAGCCAUGCGUUAAAUCAACUCACAGAGAGAGAGAGAGGGAGAGAGAGAGAGGGAGGGAGGGAGCGAGAAAGCCUCCAGGGUGAGAGAGAGGGAGGAUGUGUAUGUGAGUGUGUGUGCUUAGAAAGAAGCUUUCUUUUUAUUGUUCUAUUACAGUGCAGUAGAUUUACAUGCACAAAAGCACAAGCGCACACACAGUCAUACGCACCAUGUCAGAUUUGAGAGUCUGGUCUGCUUUCUCUCUCCAGUAUUUUAGUAUUCUAAUCCAUCAUUGGCCUGACAUGGGGAUGCUUUUUCUCUCCGACUGUGUGUGUCUCUCUCUCUCCAUGCUACUGCACAUACACGGCAUCCAAACGGAAGAUAAAGGCAGAGCAGGGGGAAAAACAAACUCCACAGCAGGAGCAGUUUUAUCCAGAGAGAUAAAGAGGCGGAAUAAAGCGGCAACGGAGAGAUAUAGAGGGAGUUGAGGAGAUGGAAAGACAGGGGAAAAGGGGAAGGAAAGAGCCGGAGAGAAAAGGAGGAAGGGCAUGGAAAUGGAUGUGGGAAAAGCACGAAAGGAGAGCAAAAUCAAGGCGGAGAGAAGAGAAAGAUGAAGGGUUUGUGAGAUGGGUGAGGGGAGAGGUGAGAGAGCAAGAGGUAGAAAGAGAGUGUGUGUCUGUGUGUGUCUGUGUGUGUGUGUGGAUGCUGAAGCCUGAACCUCCCUGCUCCAUUUCACACCCUGUAGGUCCUGACGCAUCGACACUCAAAGACUCACAUACACACACAGUCACACACAUUGAAACACACGGGUUCCGUCCUUUUUCCAUUUGUAAUUCACACACACACACGUUUGCCACCAUUUCUCAGUCAGCACACAGAUAAACAAAGAUGCACAAACACACAGUCACAGUCACAAACUGAAAUUCCUGCAGCCCUUGACUCUCUGCUUCUUGGAUCCCUGCUUUCAAGCUAUCACACUGGGUUCAAGAAGUAUUAAAGGACAAGUCCCCUCUAAAAUAUUUCAGUGUUUUUCUUACACAGCUUUGUGAUGUUGGAUGGAGCAUUUACACUGACCAGCCACAACAGUAAAACCUCUGACAGGUGAAGUGAGUAAAAUGAAUCAUUUGUUUACAAUGCAGUGUUCUGGGUUCUGGCAAACAUGGAUGCUCUUUGAUGCAUACCACCAACCUAAACAUUGCUUACCUGUCAGAUCUGGGGGUCUACAGGCUGUCGCUGUGGUCCUUUGGACUGGGGGGCGCAAAGAACAGCCACAUGAUAGUCAGGAUUCCCCGCAUGUUGGGGCUGACUGGUGUACUUUAUGCUUAAGCAACCAACUCUGAUGCACUGAGAAAUCUGCCAGAGAAGCAGAGAGGCGAGUCGGGUCAAAGAAGAGCUGAUACAGCUCACAAUAUAACAAAAUAAACCCAAAUGACAAAACCCAAACUCCAAAACUAUUUGGACAGCCAGACAUUCUGAGACAUUCGUCUGUGAGAUUUUUGGAUUCACUUCAAUCACAUCCUUCUGUUGGGAACAGAGUAAAACAUGGAGGAGGCAUAGAGGUUGACUCAGUGAUAUUAGUUACACAGCGAUAUCUAAAUAUUGCUAACAUUAGCCACAACAAGCUACUGCUCAUACCUGAUCAAGUAAGAGCGCAGCUGCACAUGUCCCCGAGUGUGUCGAACUGACAAGGCGAUUUGUUUUCUUGUGAACUCAACUUUUCCUUUGCAUGAAGGGGAAUUGGUUGAU